AACCAGGAAAUAAAAGUAAACAAUGCAUAGGAAGACGAAAAAUAUAUCGCGUUUGUCAUUUAUUCUCGCGCCGAGUCUGUGCCUUUUUGAUGCUUUAUUUAUAAUAUAUGAAUGAUUUAUAUACAUGUAAGGACUGGGACCCAGUUAGAGACAGGCUGAAAACCGAUUUAGCUAUGUUAGCCAUCAGAUCGUCAGAGGAGGAGUGCGCUGAGAUUGAGGAGAUGGACACCUCAGAGCCCAACUGGUGCUGGUUCUACUUGGCUGAGUGUGGAGUAUGGCAUAUGUUUGAGAUUGAUCCCAGUGCUGCCUGCUCUGUGACCAGUGCUCAGAUCGAGCAGUGUUACAACAGGAACCAGCGUGGUGUUAUGGAAUUCUACACGGCCAAAUAUACAUACAGACUGGACUUUUCAGUUAUGCGUCAGAUUAAUAUCACAACAGGAAAGCAGCGGCCAAUCAAACGUUCCCUCCAUUCUGCAACAGGCUUCAGGUUUAUUUGUGAUAAUCUUGCCUUGCCUGUUCCCUGUCACUGGGAGAGAAUCAAUACAGAUGAGCCCUAUCAGCUAAUCCAGCUUGGCAGAGACACCUAUGAGUUUAAAGAAGUCGCCAGACUAUAUGAAAGGACUAUGGAUCAUCCGAUCAAAUCCAUCCAGAGAAUUCAGAACCUGGAUUUAUGGGAGUUCUUCUGCAGGAAGAAAACACAGCUGCGAAAAGUUAAGCGCACACUGGAUAUCGAGGAGCGAAUGCUGUUUCACGGCACAGGACACAGCAACAUACAAGCAAUAUGUACAUUUAACUUUGACUGGCGGCUGACAGGAAGCCAUGGUGAUGUCUAUGGCAAAGGGAGCUACUUUGCCCGGGACGCCAAAUACUCCAGUAAAUUCUGUCACACCACAGGAAAGCACAACACGACCCUGCAGAGACAUGGACUCACCCCACCAAUAUUUGCUAGUGAGCCUCCCUAUAAGACCAUGUUCCUGGCCCGAGUACUAGUUGGAGAAUACACAGAGGGGCAUCCUAUGUACUGCAGACCACCCUCCAAGGAUGCCAGCUUCACCAAAUUUUAUGACAGUUGUGUAGACGAUAUGGCCAAUCCAAAGAUUUAUGUCAUUUUCGACAGCAAUCAAAUUUACCCAGAGUAUUUGAUUGAGUUCUACUGAUGCCUAACAAGAAGAUAUAUACGUUUUUGGAUGUCAAACUGAGAAAUGUUUGCCAGGAUGAAAUGGAAAGAGAAGCGGUUUAAGGGACAUUUCCAUUUUCCCCCAUCAGACCCAGUGCCUAACUGAAGCAUGAAUCAUCUAAAGUGCCUUUGAGGAAACUAUUAAAUCAAGAAGACAUUGUGUACAGUUUCUAUUCUGAGAGACGGGACGUUGUGGUGUUUCUAAAAAGAAUGAAAACUCUGACUGAAGAUCAGUCAUUGUAUCAGUUUUUUAUUAAAUACAGAAUUUGUG